AUGGUAUCCAAUGACACAGUGUUUGAUUAUUUGGGAGAACCAGAGUUGCAGAGCCCACAGAUUGAGACAAGCAGCAGAGUUCUGCAAAAAAUAAGAGGGAUGACCAAACAGCAAGUGAGAAGAGAGAGAGAGAGAGAAUAUUAUAAUCAUGUGUUGUACCUUCUUAAAAAAUUAAAAAGCAAAAAAUCUCUUUCAGGUGUUGUACAGCACUUACGAAAUGGACAACUAUUGCGAGAAAUUUAUAUAAACAAACAUAAACUGCUUCUGAAUGACUGGACGGCAAAACAGCUCUACUUAGAGACAACAGGAAAAAGCCGAACCCUGCAGAGUGCACUGGCGCUGCUUUACACCUUUUUGCCAGAUUUUGACUGGAAAAAAAUUAACAUGAGGCAUCAGUGGAGCACCAUUUUUUGUUCUGGAAGCUGCGACUGUCCUAUGCGGAACCACUACCUAGAAGAGGAACAGCGCAGGCAGUACAGCUUACGGGUGAAGAACAGUGAUUUGGAGAAAAUAUAUGUGGAUAUGGCAAAGAUUGUUGGCAUUCCUACCAGGCAGUUGAGAGCCUCUAACCCAAUAGAUUCUCUCUUGUGCUAUUUUUGCCACAACGUCAGUUUCCCCUGUACCAAAACUGGCUGCAUUGGUAUGGAACACUUCAAAGUAAUCAAAAGACAUCAGUUGGAGGAUGAGAGAGAAAGACAGGAAAAGAAACUUUAUUUCCUGUAUGCCCUGUUGGCUACUCACCCUCUCCUCAACCAGACUGUUAAUCGGCUUCAGCGAAUUGCAGAAGGCAAGAAAGAAGAAAUAUUUGUUCUUCGCUCUGCACAUGAUGUCACAUUGUCACCUGUUCUUAGUGCCUUGGGCAUUACAGAGGCCAGAUUUCCACGAUUUGCUGCCAGAUUAGUUUUUGAGCUGUGGCAGGAUGGGAAGAGACCCAAAGAACACUUUAUCCGCAUCCUGUAUAAUGGUGCUGAUGUCACAUUCCAGACCUCAUUCUGCAAGGAUUAUUAUAAACGUUCCAGCAAGCCAAUGUGCCCACUAGAAAAAUUUGUUAGCUUUGUUAAGAGGGAUAUGUUCUUAGUUUUUAACAGCACUAGUUACUAUGAUGCAUGUCGUAGAAGACCACUGUAGGGAAGGAAAGUGAAACUGUGUACAACUUCUUUGUAGGUGAAAGUCUGUAAUCUGGUUGAGGCACAUUUCAGUUCUCUUGUUUCUUGACAAAUGAUAUUGCUUGGAACAUUCAGUUUCAUUUUCAUUCAAAUUGUAGAUGGUCUCCAGUAGAAGAACAGAUACUGAGGAAGUAUUUUGUCUGUGUUAACUAUCAUGAAUUGAUAAACCACAUGAGCUACUGUAAUGUUGGACUUUGCUUGAUAGAGUGAGAGAGCACAGAUUUCAUUUCCCUGUAUUCCAGAGCAAUACUUGCACACCACGAGUUUAAAAACAAAGCAUUCUUUUUUCACCAUCGUCUUGUAAUCAUGUAAGCAGCUAUAUCAGGAUAUUUAUAAAAAGUCAGACAUCUCUUUGUAGGAUAUUCUGGGUGCACCCUACUCAGAAAGCAUUUUAAUAUUUAGGAACAGGACUUUUUAAAGCAAAGUGCUUGAUUAUACCUGAGCAUGUACAAAUGAGUGUGUGCCUUUCUGACCUCACAGACCUACAGAUACAUACUUACAUUGCCUGUGCCAGAGAAGGGUGUACUGGAAAAUGUGUGCAAAACUCUGUUCUCUGACUGCACUUUUAGCACUUUGAACAAUACAAACACAGUCUACAAAUAUGUAAUGGUCUUGUUGUAUUAAAAUAGGUAACGAACACUAAAAUUACCACUAAAUCUGAAUGGGAACUUAGAAUUAUAAAUCAGUUUUACAGUGAGGUGUGGGCUUUUUCCCAUUGUAAACAUGCUCAAGCUGCCAUGCUAUAAACAAAUCAGUGUUUUUGGAAUUUGAUAUAGUGGCUGCUUGAGACAGCUUGACUAAACACUAAGAGUUUUGUAGCUGAUUUUAGUAUUUUUAUGGGCUAGGAAGCUCUUAUUUUGUAUGAUCAGACUUGCGUACCUACUGCACUGUGUAAAUUUAUGGCACAGUAGAUCUUUCAUACUUCAGUUUGUAAAGAGCUGUGAAAGGCUGACUUUCAGACAUUUUUUCCCUUGAUCAGGAUGUACAGACUUAAGAAUAAACUGUCUUUUAUUGGUAACUUGAGCAAUGUGUAGGUAUGAGAACUUAUAUUCAAACUGUUUUCACCUCUUUAGAAACAGUAAAUUGAGAAGUAGUUUUUAAUAGGAGCUAUAGAAAUUUUAUAAUUCUGGAGGGAGGGUUUUUUACACAUCUAGAGAUAACGUAGUCUGUGACUCGUGACUCAGUGGUGCUAGUUUAAAAAAAAAACAAAAAACAAAAAACCAACAAAACACAUAAUUAAGCAUAGGUCUUAACUGUUGAUAUUUCACACUCUGUUUUCAGUGCUGCAUUUGAAUGUAUUUCUUUAAAUAAAAAUGUAGGGAUUCUUUGGGAA